AUGUAAUAUAAAUUUAAAGAAUAUUUUGUGAUUUAUUAAGAACAUUUGAAGAACAAAGAUUAAUGGAGAUUCCUAAUGGUCCUUGUAUCUAUAUAUCAAAUCUGUGAUAUUAUCAUUGUGACAGGAGAUGCCAUAACUUUAGAAAUUGAAGGAGACAAAUACAUUUUGAUAUAUAGAAUCUUGGUAAUAUAAAUUGCCAUUAUAGACCCAAAUAUUAUUGAUUGCGAUUUUCGAAGUGUUACUAAUAAAAUUAAUCAAGAUUAAAAAUGGAUUGAUAAAUCUCAUGACCCUACUAAAAUUCAUAAGCUUGAUUAUUUGUUGGGAAGAAUUGGAUUAUUAUGCAAAGUAAUAAUAAUUUUCAAGGAUAUUGGAUAAAUAUUUGAUUUUAGUGUGUUUUGUUUUUGCAAUAGAAUCAUAGGUUUGUUAGACAUUAGCAAUAAUCUUCAAUCUCAUUUAUACAUUGUUAAGGAACUUUGAAAUGGAUUCAAAAUUAACUAUCAUAUUAGGAAUUAAAAUAAUUGUGAUUCAUGUCUUACUUCAAUUGAUGAUGAUCAUAAUCAACAAAAAGAAUAAUAAGAAAAAUUCAAAUUCCUAAUUAGUAACUUUGGGUUCUAAUACCAAAAUGAGUUAUACUUAUUUGAAUUCUUAGAGAAUAUCUAAUCCUAAUAGAACUCUUCAUUAAUUAUAAAUAGAUAUACCUGAACAUCGCUAUUUUUCAUAAAUGCCACAUGAAUAAAGAUUAGAUGAUUAAUAAACUGAAUCAAUUUAAUAAGAUCAAUUAAAUGAAGCAAUACUAACAUCAGCAGAAUUUGGAAUCUAUUUGAUAGAAAAUUUGAAUAAAAAUGUGUAAGUUAUAAAUUCUUAGUUAUCCAAUAUUGUAAUGAAAGAAGAUUAAUUAAGUGCUCAAUUCCUUGAAACAGAAUUGUAUGACUUUGGAUUACUUCUUGAAGAAUCAUGUUUAUUAUUACCUAAAUUCCAUAGAAGUUAAGACAUUGCCUAAUUCAUUAAAUUCACAUAAACUUUAGAGUAUUUUUAUAAGUUUAUAUUGUUGAGUUCCAUCUAAUUUAGAUAAUCAAAUAGAGAGUGAUCCUUCAUAAAUUAAGAGAUUACAAUUACUAACAAAAAAAAUAUCAUUUAAAGCCUUUUUCGAUAAUCUAAUUGCUUUUAACCAUUUGAAAUUCUUAAAUAAUCAUUCAUCUAUUGAUUUCUCCCUCAAAAUUUAUAUCAAAUUCGAAACUUGUUAUUUAUCAGUUGUUUUAUCACCAAUCCUUUAUAAAUAAAAACCCUAAAUCGUGAUUUUUGUAUCAGAUAUUACAGAAGAUCCCUAUAUCACUUCAUUAUUGAAUGCUAACAGAAAUAAUGAUUUUUUGAUAAGUGAUAUAUCCCAAAAGAUUAAAUAGCCACUUAAUUGUACUAUUUCAAUGUUAGAAAUUAUUAUGGUAUGUUUUAUAUCUAAUUAUUAAGAAUACUACACCAACAGAUAUUAAAGAAAAAUAUAUAAGUCCAGCACUUGCAGGAUGUAAAUUAUUAAUUAAUACUGCUAAUGAUAUUUUAGAUUAUGCAUAAUUACAAAAGAAAGAUAAAUUGGAUUUAAUUUAGGUCGAUAUUUAAAUCUAAGAAUUUAUAACAGAUAUCAUCAAUGUAGUCAAAUCUUAAGCCAUUUUUAGAGGAUUAAAAAUAUCUAUUAAUAUAAAAUAGAAUGUCCCUUAGUUUAUAAGAACAGAUCCAAAUAGAUUAAGAUAAAUCUUACUUAAUUUAUUAGUCACUUCCAUUUAAGCAACAGUAAGAGGAACCAUAAUAUUUAGUGUUUAUAAAAGUCAAAUGUUAAAUGAACACUUAGAAUUUGUUGUAAAAGUCAAAGCUCAUGAAACCAAUUUCUCAAUUCUUAAAACUAUUGAAAAAACAGUUCGAUUCUUCAAAUCAUAAACUUUAAAAUCUAAAAUAUUAGAUCUAGGUAGUCUUAGAUAAUAUUCAUAAUCCAUUUUGAUUUCUUUUUAUUUAACAAAAUGUCUCUCUUAAAUACCAUUUGAAUACAACUAUGAACGUGUUGGUAAUAAAGAAGAAUUCAAUUUUGCCAUUUAAAUAAAAAACCUUUAUCCAUAAUUUAAUCAAAAUGUGAAUUAAAAAAGAUUGUCUGAAUUUACAAAUUAGUAAAGUUUCUAUUAAUAGUAUCAAAAUAAAGAAGGGUUAAAGAGAUAUUAAUCUUAAAUCUCUAGUUUAUUACCAGAAGAUUCUAAUAUUAAAUUGGAACUCUAAGAAGCAAAAAAAAAAUUAACCAUUAAUAUUAUUUAAAGUUAGAGUCAAGAAUCUUAGGAAAAAUAAAAUUAAAUUCAAGAAUAACUUAAUGAAUCAGUUGAAAGUAUUUCUGAUUAAUAAGAUGAUGAAGUAUCAAUAGAAUCUAAAAAUGGCAUUUCUAAUAGAGUGGAAUAAAUGCUCAAAAUACAACCGUAUUUUUUCGAUUAUGUCAAUGAAACUCAAAAAAAAAUAGAGGGUAUAAGUUCAUAACCAUCCUAAUAAUUAACAUUCGGAGGCCUAGGAUAAGGUAGAUCCUCUAUCUAUUCUUCUUUAUGUUUUACUAGUGGCACUAUGUAACCUAAUGAUCUUUUGGAUUGCUUUGAGAAAAUGGAAAAAAUUAAAUAAUAAAAAAAUAAAUUUAAUUGUCGAGUAUUAUUAUUUUAAUAAUUAGUGUCCUAAAAUAUUAAUAUGUGAAAAUAUAGAUCUUGAUCUUUAUGCCUUAUCCCAUUAAUUAACGAAUAUCGGAAUCACAUAUGAGUAUAUAACUUAGAAAUCUCAAUUAGUAAGCACUCUUGUUAAACUAUUAAAUAGCGAUUUGUAAUAAUAGUUAAAUAGUAAUUAAUAAAAGUAGAAUAUUGACAAUUAAUAAUUAAAGGUCAUUAAUGAUAAUUCUUAAAUGAAGAACAACGAAAAUUAAGUAUGUUGUAAAGGAUUAUAACUCUUAUUUAUUGGCAUAGAAUAAUUUGAAGAUGAAUUAAAUAUUUUAUUCAAUUCUAUUAAAGAAGUCUAUGCAGAAUUCAAAGUGGAACCUAGAAUUAUUGGAUUGAUUGGUUGUAUGGAUGAAGAAAAUAGAGCCUAAACUAGAAAACUACCUUUUCAUGAUUAUUUGUCAAAACCAAUAAUGAUUGAUGCCUUACUUUUUAUUUUAGCCAAAUGGAUCAAAAUGAAUUGA